AUGGUUGGUGAACUGACUUUCUUUCUAGGUCUCCAAGUGAAACAACUUGAUGAUAGGAUUUUCAUAUCUCAAUCAAAAUAUGCAAAGGAGCUAAUUAAGAAGUUUGGUAUGAAAGAUUCAAAGUAUGUUCAAACUCCUAUGAGUACUUCAUCCAAAUUGGAUAGAGAUUCUGAUCCUAACAAGGUUGAUCAUUUCUUGUAUAGGAGUAUAAUUAGUAGCUUGUUAUAUUUGGUAGCAACUAGGCCAGAUACUUCAUUUAGUGUAGGUGUUUGUGCUAGUACAUUGAAUUAUGGAUUGCGUUAUUCUUCUAAGUCUAACUCUGAGACUGCAGUCUAUACUGAUGCUGAUUGGGCUGGUAACAAGGAUGAUAGAAAUAGUACUUCAGGUGGUUGUUUCUAUAGUGGUACUAAUCUUAUUUCUUGGUAUAACAAGAAGCAAGAUUGCAUAUCAUUAUCGUCUUGUGAGGCUGAAUACAUUGUUACUGGAACUUGUUGA